GCCAGCCCCCUGUUCUCCGCCUUCAGUCUUUGCUUUGAGAAACCAUGCGCGUUUGGCUUUGAGGGCGCCGGCGUGAGAGCCUCUGGAUUCUCUGCCGCUUCUUGCUCGGGCAGGGUCGCCUAGGAAACGGGACAGGGGCGCGCCGACCGAGCCUCCCUAUGGCCGCGGUUGUGGCCCAGAAGGGAGCGAUGGGUCCCCUAGUGGGAGCCAUCGACCAAGGGACCAGCUCCACAAGGUUCUUGGUUUUCAAUGCAAACACAGCUGAAUUACUGAGUCAUCAUCAAGUGGAAAUCCAGCAGAAAUUCCCCAAAGAAGGGUGGGUAGAACAAGACCCAAAGGAAAUACUGCAGUCUGUCUAUGAAUGUGUUGAAAGAACAUGUGAGAAAUUGAACCAGCUGAAUAUAGACAUUUCCAACAUAAAAGCUGUUGGAGUUAGCAAUCAGAGGGAGACAACUGUAGUUUGGGACAAAGAAACUGGAGAACCUCUGUAUAAUGCUAUUGUAUGGCUUGACCUAAGGACUCAAUCUACUGUUGAAAGACUUCUUAAAAGGAUUCCAGGAAAGAAUAAAUCCUUUUUUAAGCAUAGGACUGGUCUCCCUCUUAGCACAUAUUUCAGUGCUGUGAAGCUACGCUGGCUUUUGGACAAUGUAAAAGAGAUCAGACAAGCAGUUCUUGAAGGGAGAGCUCUUUUUGGUACUAUUGAUUCAUGGUUAAUAUGGAGUUUGACUGGUGGAAAAAAUGGAGGUAUUCAUUGCACUGAUGUAACCAAUGCCAGCAGGACAAUGUUGUUUAACAUUCAUUCAUUAGAGUGGGAUGAUGAGCUCUGCAAUUUUUUUGAAAUUCCCAUGGAAAUGCUUCCCAAAGUGCGAAGUUCAUCAGAAAUCUAUGGAUUACUGAAAAUCUCUCCUACCUUGAGUUCCGGAGCUUUGACUGGUGUGCCAAUUUCUGGGUGUUUAGGUGAUCAAUCUGCUGCAUUAGUAGGACAAAUGUGCUUCAAGGAUGGCCAAGCAAAGAAUACGUAUGGAACAGGCUGCUUCUUACUCUGCAAUACGGGCCAUAAGCCUGCACUCUCUGAGCACGGCCUCUUAACCACUGUGGCUUACAAAUUGGGUAGAGACAAGGCUGUAUGUUAUGCAUUAGAAGGCUCUGUUGCUAUUGCAGGAGCUGUUGUUCGUUGGUUGAGGGACAAUCUUGGUAUUGCAAAAUCUUCAGAAGAAGUAGAGAAACUUGCUGCUGAAGUAGGCACAUCUUACGGCUGCUACUUUGUUCCUGCAUUUUCAGGAUUAUAUGCACCAUACUGGGAACCCAGUGCAAGAGGAAUUAUCUGCGGUCUUACUCAGUUUACAAAUAAAAACCAUAUUGCCUUUGCUGCACUAGAAGCCGUCUGCUUUCAAACACGGGAGAUAUUGGAUGCAAUGAAUAAAGAUUGUGGGAUACCACUUCGUCAGUUACAAGUUGAUGGAGGAAUGACCAACAACAAGAUCCUUAUGCAACUCCAAGCUGAUAUUCUUUGUAUUCCAGUAGUAAAGCCAUCUAUGCCUGAAACAACAGCACUUGGAGCAGCAAUGGCAGCUGGAGCUGCAGAAGGGGUGGGAGUCUGGAGCCUACAUCCUGAUGAUUUCACAGCAGUAACAUGUGAACGUUUUGAGCCACAGAUCAAUCCAGAGGAAAGUGAAUAUCGUUAUACCAGAUGGAAGAAAGCUGUUAAGAAAUCAAUGGGGUGGGAAAUGUCAGAACCUCAAGGAAACAGUGAAACUAGUAUCUUCUGUAGUCUGCCUUUGGGCUUUUUUAUAAUGAGUAGCCUGUUAAUGUUAAUCGGAGCAAAGUAUAUCUCAGGUAAAUUCAAAUGAGACAUUUUAAUGGAUUUCAGGAGACAUUAACAUCUCAAAAGAAUGUGGUGCUUUUUUAUCAAUUUUAAUGACAUUAUUUUGCCACAGUUCACUGUCAAAGUAACUAUUUAGGAAAAAGAUUUAAUCAGGAAUGAGAAAAAUAUAGUUGCUACUACUUAUUUGAUUUAAGAGUAAAGUGGCAAGAACUCCUGGUUAACUUCUGUAACUGCCACCACUUGUUUUGUCCACUUUGAAAUGAAACAUGAAAUAAAAAAAGUUAAUGUUUUUUUUAAAUCCAAAUGAUACACUUCAAGAACUUUAUUGUAUACACUUACAUAAAGUUGUGGUGAUUUCUUUUUAGAAAUUGCUUAUAGCAAUAUUUUCCAAAAUCAUCUUUCUUAUCAACUGUUUAGAAAACCUCACUGAGAAUUGAAGAUUCAAUAAUGUAUUUUGUAAUAAGGAAAGGCAGUUAUUUAUUCCUCCAUUUCAUAUGCAUUGGUUAUCAUAUUAGAGAUUCUAAGCUACUAAGUAAAAUUGACAGACUUCAGUAUUUAAAAUAUACUGUGUAUGUAUAGCAAGAAAGCUAUAUAUUUGAAAUACUGUAUUAUACAUCGAAUUGCCAAGUGUAUGGAUGUGAAGAUUAAAUGUGAGCUUUAAAAAUUCAGAUAACACUUAUUUUAAUAAAUUAUAAUAUUUAUGGGCUGUAGUUGAAAACCACAAACGUUUUGCAAUCUUUCAUUUUACUUAAGUCUAGACCAAAAUUUGCUUCUCAGUGGGAUACAUUAUAAGCAGUGGCAAUCAUGAUUUCUGGAUCUAAUAUUUUAGAUAUUUAAAGAAUAAAAUAACUUUUAUAGGUCCAAAGUUUAACACUAAUGUAUGACAGAACAAUACUUUAUAAUAUUCAUGCUUUGAGUAAGAAUUAAAACAAAAUCGAACAUUGGUGGCUCCCAAAUUGAUCAACUUUUCUUUCAAACUAAGGAAAUAUAUGGUUAAAUGUCAAACAGCUCACAGAAAGCCGCUCCAUGUUCCUUGAAAUGUAUAUUCAAUGCACACUAUCCUACCUUUCAUAGUUAAGACUUCUCUAGGUUAGGGCUCAGGAUUUGCUUUGCACAUUACUGGAAUGAGGUGGAGUUGAAAAUACCAUGAAUCUAGGCUGCUACUAUUUGAAGAUGCAUCAAGUCUAUUCUAGUACAAUGUGUAAACAUAUUGAAAGUAGCAAUAUUUAAUCCAAGCACACUGGCAGCUAAAGAAUAAGUGCAUGGUGAAACAGUUUCUGGGUCUCUCAUUUCCUACAUUUUUAUAGAAUGUAUAUGUAAGGAAAUAAGAAUUGAAAAUUCAAAUAAUGUUAAAUGGAUUUUUCAUAAUUGUAAAAAUGAUUUUUGCCUUGGUUUGAAAUGUAGAAUACUUACAGCAAUUGUUGAACAUUUUAACUGAAAACUAGUCUUGAUAAUCAGUAUUUCAACUUUUUCAUAAGCUGAAUCUAAGACUACUUUUCUUUCUUUUGUAUCACGAUGCAUUGGUAUAUGUCAGUAUAAAUGAACAUAAGCUUCCAAAUAUCAAUUCUGUAACUGUACUUCUAUACAGGCUUUAUAUAUUUUAAGGCCAUAUUUGGCAAGCCAACAUUUUCCCUCCUAUUGACACUGUAAAAGAUUUCCCUCCACCACUACCCCAUAAGUUUAGAGUUCAGAGGAAAGAAUACUUUUCUGGAUAUUCUUUGGCAAGCUGGGUUUAAAGCCAUACUUGUUAUCUUACAUAGGAAUUAUACCAUUAUAAUGCGCUGAAAAUAUAAUUUUUAAAGUUCUAUUUUAUAAACCUGAAUCUGAAAAAUGGCUUGUUUUAUUUUGAUCCCUGCUUAAGUUUCCUGCUUUGUAUUGGGAUUGGGAUUGUAUUGGGAUUGGCAGCUUCAGAAAUGAUUCAUGGAAGUAUAUAGGAUAUUAAAUUAAGUUGAUAUGAUUAUAAUUAUAGUUGGAAUUUUUUCUAUGAAACAAAAUUAAAUUAAUUGUUGGAACUGCUCACUUUUUGUGAAUGGAUUUUUUUCUAUAAUAAUUCUAAUUUGAAUUAUUAAAUGAAUACACUGAAAAUGUGAAAUAGCAAAGUUGUCAAUAUUGCACUUGUAGAAAUAUUUAAAAUGUCUUUAGUCUUGUUCUCAAUUAUGCUUGUGAUGGAACCCAUAAAUAAAAUGCUAA